AUGGAUAACGAUAAAGAAAAAGCGAGUUGGGAUUCGUAUACGACGAAAAUCCUAAUCAAUGUUUGUGUCGAGCAAAUUGUGCACAAGGAACGGCAAGGAACAUCAUUUAUGAGGCCAGGUUGGAACAAAAUUACAAAGAAUUUUCAAGAAAGGAGUGGGAAAAUGUAUGACAGGAAGCAACUUAAGAAUAGAUUUGACAUUUUGAGAAAGGAUUGGAAGUUGUGGGAGAAACUUAUGUCUAGGGAGAUUGGCAUUGGUUAUGAUGCAGCGACAAAUAGGGUGUUGGCCUCCGAUGAGUGGUGGCAAUGGAAAUUAAUGGUGGAUCCCAAUUUCAAGAAAUUUAGACAUCAAGGGUUGAUGUUUGCAUCAGACCUAAUGAGGAUAUUCAAAGAUGUUGUGGCUUCGGGAGACUUUAUGUAUGCACCAUCAUCCUCACAACCUCAGCUAGCAUUCACUCCACAGCCUGACACAGAAGAGGAGGAUGUUUAUAGAGUCGAGCUCGACCAACAGGAAGGGUCGGGGACAAUGAGGAUGAAAAUUUCGGUAUUGACCCAACAGCCACCGCAGGGAUCUCAGAUGAUUUUGCCAGUUGCAACUUAA